AUGAAGGAAACGCCCGAGGGCGCGGAAAUCCCCAGCCACGUGCUGAUGAUCCGUGCCGGGCUCGUCGGACAGGUGAUGGCCGGCGCAUACAGCUAUCUCCCGCUGGGGCUGCGUUCGCUGAAGAAGGCCGAACGGAUUGUCCGCGAAGAAAUGGAACGAGCCGGGGCCAUCGAGGUUCUGCUGCCGGCACUCACGCCCAUCUCGCUGUGGGAACGCACCGGCCGCCGCGAGGCGUUCGGCUCGGUACUCAUCAAUUUCAAAGUCCGCCGCCAGAACCGCGAAGUUCACCUGGCCCUGGGUCCCACGCACGAAGAAGUGAUCACCGAGCUGAUCGCCCAUCACGUGUCGAGCUACCGCCAGCUUCCGCUCACGCUGUACCAAAUUCAAACCAAGUUUCGCAACGAAGAACGCCCCCGCUUCGGUGUUCUACGCACCAGCGAAUUCUUGAUGAAGGACGCCUACAGUUUCGACACCUCGGUCGAAGCCCUCGGCCGCAGCUACGACAAAAUGUACGAGGCCUACUGCCGCAUCUUCGAUCGCUGUGGGCUGAAGUACUUGCCCGUCGAAGCCGAAAGCGGCCCCAUCGGCGGCGACGCCAGCCACGAGUUCAUGGUCCCUUCGGAAAACGGGGAAGACCUGGUCGUGGUCUGCGACAGUUGCGAAUACGCGGCCAACCAGGAACGAGCCGAAACCGGCGAGCGAAAAACCACCAAGCCCGAGGCGGAAGCCAAACCGCUCACCAAGCUCGACACGCCCGAUGCCCGCACGAUCGAGCAGGUAUGCAAGACGCUCAAAUGCAAACCGCACCGCAUGGUCAAGACGCUGAUCUACCUGGCCGACGAAAAGCCGGUGGCGAUCCUCGUCCGCGGCGACCACGAAGCCAACGAAGGUAAGGUCCGCCGUGUACUCGAAGCCACUACGCUCGAGCUGGCGCCACCUGAGACGAUCGAAGAAGUCACCGGAGCCCCCGUCGGGUUCGCAGGCCCCGUGGGGCUUAAGGUCCCCAUCAUCGCCGAUCACGAUGUGGCCGCCAUGGCAAACGUGGUGCUGGGGGCCAACGAAGCCGACAAGCAUUAUGUGAACGCCAACAUCGAACGCGACUUCAAGGUCGAACGCUUCGCCGACGUCCGUAACGCCACCGAAGGCGACCCCUGCCCUCGCUGCGACAAGACACUCACGAUGAAGGCCGCGAUCGAAGUGGGCCACGUAUUCAAACUCGGCACCAAGUACUCCGACGCCCUGUCGGCCAAGUUCCUCGAUGCCCAGGAGCACCAGCAGACCAUCAUCAUGGGCUGUUACGGAAUCGGCAUUAACCGCAUCCUGGCCUCGCUCAUCGAAACCAACCACGACGACGACGGCAUCAUCUGGCCAAUGGCCCUCGCCCCUUACGAGGUGCUGGUCGUCCCCUUGAACGUCUCGCAACAACCGGUCAUGGAACUGGCCGAAAAGCUGCACGACGAACUGCAAGCCGCCGGGGUCGAAGUGCUCAUCGACGACCGCGACGCCCGCCCCGGGGUGAAGUUCAAAGAUGCCGACUUGAUUGGCAUCCCCUUGCGUAUCGUCGUCGGACAACGCGGGCUCGACGCCGGCGAACUCGAACUCAAGUGGCGGCACAAGUCCGACGCCGAAUCGAUCCCGAUCGAGGGGGCCGUCGAAGAACUCACACGCAUGGUGGCCGCAGCGCGGGACGGCGAGCAGAAAUGA